AUGUUGCAAGGCAUUGGAUGGAGUGGAGUGAGAUCAGAUGAGAAAGCUCAGUUCACGAAAGUUGGUUUUGGGGUUACCGACGGAAGAUUUCGUAUUCAAGAGAUUAUAACGAGACAUCGAAUAUGUGUUGAAGUUGUUGUUGCUUGUUGUUCUUGGUGUUGUACACAAGAAGUUAUCGUUAAUGUGCAAAUAGAGUGA